CUUCAACUUCUUCUACACAAUCUCCAAUCCAACAAGCAGCGCAUCAAACGGGUUCAUUUCAUUGUCCCCCAAUUCACUCCUUAUCUACCACAUUAUUCUCUGUUCUCCUCCGUUCCUGUUCAUCCUUCGCGUCGAUCUUCUCCAUCAGCUAUAAAACCCACUAACAUCCAUCCAAUUCCGAUUAACUUUCGAGGCAUUGCAAAAGAUGUGAUACCAGAUUGUUCUUAUCUCUUUGAUUGCAGCAGCGGUGAGACUUUGGCCAACUCUUCUCUCAAAUAUUUCAUUUUUAGGCUUUCUUGUAUCUCCCCAGAAACUGUUCGCAGAUUUUGGAGAGUUCAUCCGUUAAAACCUCAAGACGUUCUUGAAAUUCUUCUGGGUUUUCAAUGUGUCUGCAAUAAUAUUUGGCUUGAGGCUGAAAAGAUUGAUUCUUUGUGGGGGAUUUUUAGGCGGGCAAGCCAGCAGAGNCAUUGUCAUGCUAUGAACUCCUUCUCAAGUUCUUGAUUCAACUAAAUGUGACCCAACUGGCACCUCAAAUUUUUGCGGAUGCUAUAACUCUAGGUAUGGGAAGGACAGUACCACAAGGGCACAUUUAUGGGAGUGUUGUUAGGCUUUUGUGUGCAGACGGUAAAGUUCAGGAUGCUAGAAAUCUUGUCAAGAAAGGUCUUACUCUUGGAAUUAAGCCCAGCAACUUAGUUCUCAAUGCAAUGGUGACUGCGUACUGCGAGAAGAGGGAUUAUGAUGACAUACUUAGUUUCUUUGUCGAAGUAAGAUGUAUCCCCGGUGUUCAUGUAGCCAACAAGAUCAUCCAUUCUUUGUGUACAUAUCUUGGUUCACAGUGUGCCAACUCCUUCCGCCUGAGGCUGGAAGAAUUGGGUUUUUGUUCCAACGAAAUAACCCUCGGAAUUUUGAUUGGGUGGAGUUGCCGAGAGGGGAAAAUCAAAGACGCUUUCAUUUAUUUUAAUGAGAUUCUGUCAAGACGUCUCAAGCCACAGGGGUAUUCAUAUGACGCUCUUCUGAGCGGGCUCUUCAAGCAGGGCAUGUGGAAGCACUCUCAAGAGAUUCUCUAUGAAAUGAAGGAAACCACAGAUGGGCUCCAACUGUCAACUUUCAUGGUUCUUUUAGCAGGUCUUUGUAAAGCUAGGCAGUUUGAGGAAGUAAAAGCCGUAGUUUUCGAGAUGGCAGACUGUGGUUUCAUCCAAACAAAACCUCUAGAAGAUCCACUUAGCAAAGUGUUUACAGUUCUGGGACUUUGUCCCACUGCUGUGAAGAUACGGAGAGACAGUGAGUUGGGAUAUUCUGAGGCAGAAUUUUAUGAUAACCUUGGAAAUGGACUUUAUCUGGACACGGAUCUCGAAAAGUACGAGGCUGCCAUGACAAAAGUACUUGAUGAUGCCAUGCUUCCUGAUUUUAAGUCCCAAAUAUUGAAGAGUAUCCAGAGUAAAAGCAUCAAAGAAACUGUGAUAACGGUGGGCAAUAUGGUUAAUUGGGGGCAAGAGUUGUGCUUGCCUAUGUUCUCAACAUUAGUCAAAGAUCGUGGCUACAACCCGGAUCGUAUGUCUUAUGACCUUCUUGUCUGCAGCUUUUGCAAAGAAAAGAAAUUUUCCAAAGCUCUUUUGAUAUGUGAGACUAUGCUUGCUAAGAACUUCACUCUUCCCUUGGAGGCCUCUGUUUUGUUAAUUCAAUGGCUUUGCAGGAAUGGAAACAUUGGGAAAGCUGCAUCCCAAGUUUUACACAGAAUGCAGCAAGAUGGGUAUGAGCCUGACUUCAACACCCACUGGGCUCUAAUCUGCAAUUUGAGCAGUUCCAGUGGUAAAAACAAAUCUGAAGGAUUUUUAUCAAGAUUUCUUUCUGAUGUUGGAUUUUCUCGGAAUAACCCGAAUGCGAAGAAGGGGUGAUUUAAGAGCCCUUCUGUAUCAAGAUUGCGCACAUGGGGUGCAAAUUAGAAAAUUUGAACAUAUAUCUGAAUUAGGACCAAUCGAAAAUAUGUUUUUUUUUAUUUUUGUAACUUCGAAAUUUUGAAAUCUGAGCUCUUGAUAGUGUGAAUAU